AGCCCGGGUCCCCGUUCUGCCCGGGCUGGAUGGCUCAUUCUGCUGGCUGCGCGGCGGCGGCGGCUCGUGUGUGUGUGCGCCGCGCCCCGCCGCUCCCCGCCGGCCCCCCGAGCCCGGGGCGCGCGCUCCAGCCCGGGGGUCCCCGCGGCGCCGCGGCCGGAGGCUCCGGGCAGCGCAGCAAUGGCCGUGCGCAGGCUGGGGGCCGCGCUGCUGCUGCUGCCGCUGCUAGCCGCCGUGGAAGAAACCCUGAUGGACUCUACGACAGCAACGGCUGAGCUGGGCUGGAUGGUACAUCCCCCAUCAGGGUGGGAAGAGGUGAGCGGCUACGACGAGAACAUGAACACUAUCCGUACCUACCAGGUGUGCAAUGUCUUUGAGUCAAGCCAGAACAACUGGCUGCGGACCAAAUUCAUCCGGCGCCGCGGCGCCCACCGCAUCCACGUGGAGAUGAAGUUCUCGGUGCGUGACUGCAGCAGCAUUCCCAGCGUGCCGGGCUCCUGCAAGGAGACCUUCAACCUCUACUACUAUGAGGCUGAUUUUGACUUAGCCACCAAAACCUUUCCCAACUGGAUGGAGAAUCCGUGGGUGAAGGUGGACACCAUCGCGGCCGAUGAGAGCUUCUCUCAGGUGGACCUGGGUGGCCGCGUCAUGAAAAUCAACACUGAGGUGCGAAGCUUCGGUCCCGUGUCCCGCAAUGGUUUCUACCUGGCCUUCCAGGACUAUGGCGGCUGUAUGUCCCUCAUUGCUGUGCGCGUCUUCUACCGGAAGUGCCCCCGAAUCAUCCAGAAUGGUGCCAUCUUCCAGGAGACACUGUCGGGGGCUGAGAGCACUUCGCUGGUGGCAGCUCGGGGCAGCUGCAUCGCCAAUGCUGAAGAAGUGGAUGUGCCCAUCAAACUCUACUGUAACGGGGACGGCGAAUGGCUGGUGCCCAUAGGUCGCUGCAUGUGCAAGGCGGGCUUCGAGGCUGUGGAGAACGGCACCGUCUGCCGAGGUUGUCCAUCAGGAACCUUCAAGGCCAACCAAGGGGACGAAGCCUGCACCCACUGUCCCAUCAACAGCCGCACCACCUCCGAGGGUGCCACCAACUGUGUAUGCCGCAACGGCUACUACAGGGCCGACCUGGACCCCUUAGACAUGCCUUGCACAACCAUCCCCUCUGCGCCCCAGGCUGUGAUCUCCAGCGUCAACGAGACGUCCCUCAUGCUAGAGUGGACCCCACCCCGAGACUCGGGGGGUCGCGAGGAUCUUGUUUACAACAUCAUCUGCAAGAGCUGUGGCUCCGGCCGGGGCGCAUGCACGCGCUGCGGGGACAACGUGCAGUACGCGCCCCGCCAGCUGGGCCUGACUGAGCCGCGCAUCUACAUCAGUGACCUGCUGGCACACACGCAGUACACCUUCGAGAUCCAGGCCGUGAACGGUGUGACUGACCAGAGUCCCUUCUCACCUCAGUUCGCCUCUGUGAACAUCACCACCAACCAAGCAGCACCAUCGGCCGUGUCCAUCAUGCACCAGGUGAGCCGCACUGUGGACAGCAUCACCCUGUCGUGGUCCCAGCCAGACCAGCCCAACGGUGUGAUCCUGGACUACGAGCUGCAGUACUAUGAGAAGCAGGAGCUCAGUGAGUACAACGCCACGGCCAUAAAAAGCCCCACCAACACAGUCACUGUGCAGGGCCUCAAAGCCGGCGCCAUCUAUGUCUUCCAGGUGCGGGCACGCACCGUUGCAGGCUAUGGGCGCUACAGUGGCAAGAUGUACUUCCAAACCAUGACAGAAGCCGAGUACCAGACCAGCAUCAAGGAAAAGCUACCCCUCAUCGUUGGCUCCUCCGCCGCCGGCUUAGUCUUCCUCAUCGCUGUGGUCGUCAUUGCCAUCGUAUGUAACAGAAGACGGGGGUUUGAGCGUGCCGACUCAGAGUACACGGACAAGCUACAACACUACACCAGCGGACACAUGACCCCAGGCAUGAAGAUCUAUAUAGACCCUUUCACCUAUGAAGAUCCUAAUGAGGCAGUGCGGGAGUUUGCCAAGGAAAUUGACAUCUCCUGUGUCAAGAUUGAGCAGGUGAUCGGAGCAGGGGAAUUUGGUGAGGUCUGCAGUGGCCAUUUGAAGCUGCCAGGCAAGAGAGAGAUCUUUGUAGCCAUCAAGACCCUCAAGUCAGGAUACACGGAGAAACAGCGCCGGGACUUCCUGAGUGAGGCAUCCAUCAUGGGCCAGUUCGACCACCCCAAUGUCAUCCAUCUGGAAGGGGUUGUCACCAAGAGCACACCUGUCAUGAUCAUCACUGAAUUCAUGGAGAACGGAUCUCUGGACUCCUUCCUCCGGCAAAACGAUGGGCAGUUCACAGUCAUCCAACUGGUGGGCAUGCUGAGGGGCAUUGCAGCCGGCAUGAAGUACCUGGCGGACAUGAACUACGUGCACCGUGACCUUGCUGCUCGAAACAUCCUCGUCAACAGCAACCUGGUGUGUAAGGUGUCUGAUUUUGGGCUCUCACGCUUCCUGGAGGAUGACACGUCUGACCCCACCUAUACCAGCGCUCUGGGUGGGAAGAUCCCCAUCCGUUGGACGGCACCGGAAGCCAUCCAGUACCGGAAAUUCACCUCGGCCAGUGAUGUGUGGAGCUAUGGCAUCGUCAUGUGGGAGGUGAUGUCCUACGGGGAACGACCCUACUGGGACAUGACCAAUCAAGACGUAAUCAACGCCAUUGAACAGGACUACAGACUACCUCCGCCCAUGGACUGCCCUAGUGCCCUGCACCAGCUCAUGCUGGACUGCUGGCAGAAGGACCGCAACCACCGGCCCAAGUUCGGCCAGAUUGUCAACACGCUGGACAAGAUGAUCCGAAACCCCAACAGCCUCAAAGCCAUGGCACCCCUGUCCUCUGGCAUCAACCUGCCACUGCUGGACCGCACGAUACCGGACUACACCAGCUUUAACACGGUGGAUGAGUGGCUAGAGGCCAUCAAGAUGGGCCAGUACAAGGAGAGCUUUGCCAACGCCGGCUUUACCUCUUUCGACGUUGUAUCUCAGAUGAUGAUGGAGGACAUUCUCCGCGUUGGGGUCACUCUAGCUGGCCACCAGAAAAAAAUCCUGAACAGUAUCCAGGUGAUGCGGGCCCAGAUGAACCAGAUCCAGUCUGUAGAGGUUUGACAUUCGCCUGCCUCGGUUCUCCUCUUCCUCCACGCCGCCCCCUGAGCCCCCCUACAUCGGUCCCCCUGCUGCUCUGUCCACUACAAGGUCAGCCACCUGCCAGGAGGCCACAGACAACAGGAAGAACCAAGCAGCACUCCAGCCAAGCCGUCACCAAGAGCCCAUGCAAGUCAAAGGAAGGAAAAGGGGAUUGGGUGGGGGGGACACGCACCUAGAUCUGGGAGGGGGCGGGACAGGCAAGAGACGUUCGUUCCAAGAGGAUUCUCAUAAGGGAAGUGACGGUUCUUAGAGGAGAAAAGCAAAAGGCUUGGGAGAUCCACAUGGCCUGUCCCCGUGAAGGCCAAAAAGCAUUUUCUCUCCAACUCCUUCUGGGAAGGUUGAGCUGGCCAGAGCCAAGAAACACUUCCAGGAACAUUAACAUGAAGGGAAGAGGUGAGCCACCCUCCUUGCCUGGCCUUAGCCGUUUCUUGGAGCAUCACUAAUGGCCCAGCCCCCAGGCACAAGGGGCAGAGAGACAGGCAGUCGCCCCAGAUAGGCUCCGGGGAAGUCCAUUCCAGCUGCCACCGGCAGACAGGAGGAUAGUUGUUCUGUCUUGGGAGACGGUUUCCAAAAACUCCGAGAGACUUUCUGCUAAUGGUUCAGGAGGCGGAAGAGGAGCUCCUGGCCUCCCAGGUCACGCCAAACAGGCUAGAUCUUCCUGAGGACAGCCACCCAGGUCUGCAGCCCCACAAGGCCCUGCUCCUGAUCAGCCUCAGCCAGAGGACGAGGAGGCAGGUGACUGUCAUCAGCCUCGACUGCCACAGAGAAGCAUACUCUUGCAUCUGGGUUUGUUUACAGCGAUUCCGUGGACCGGGGGUAUUUUGAUCAGGGGUGGUUUUGGUCUGGGAGGGUUUUGUUUGUUGGGUUUUUUUAAAAAAAAAUGACAAUGAAGAGACACUUUGACAUUUCCUACCUUUUGAGGACUUGAUCCUUCUCCAGGAAGAAGGUGCUUUCUGCUUACUGACUUAGGCAAUACACCAAGGGCGAGAUUUUAUAUGCACAUUUCUGGAUUUUUUUAUAUGCUUUUCAUUGAUACCCUUCCCUCCUCCCACCUGCUGCCAGGCCUCACCAAAGCCAACUGUCACAGGGCCACCUGGGCCACUCAGAGACCUCAGUGGGACUGGGAGAGUGGAGGGAACUACAUCAGCGCCCACACUGGACCACAGACGGAGGCAGAUGAGGGCUCCAAGGCCGGAAGUCCUCCCUUCCUCCCUGUCUGCUCUCAUGCUCUCCGCCCUGUUCUAUCUGGCACUUCCCAGGCACAGAGGCCCCUUCAGGUUCCUGGGUGCUCUUCAAUGGCCAAAACUCGAUUUCAUGUCUGGGAGCCUGGACCAGGCUACCCGGGAAGUCAGGACCCUGAUCAUUCACUGUGACACCCCAGCCCUCCAAGGGUACCCCGGGAGACCACGUGACUCUCUCUCUCUCUCUGUCUCUCUCUCUCUCUGUCUCUCUCUCUCUCUCUCUCUCUCUGUCUCUCUCUCUCUCUGUCUCUCUCUGUCUCUCUCCCACUCCUUCUUUCCCCGAGGCCUUUGCCUGGGUCUGAAGGUCUUGGCCAGAGGAACACCAUCAUCAGUCAAGGGGUCUGGCCGCAGGCUCCCCUGUGAGCAAAUGCAGGGAAUCCGAGCAGAACAAUCGGUUAGUGAAUUGAAUGGAAAUAAAUGCUUUAGUUAUAAAAUGACCCCUGUACUCUGUAAGUUCCAAGAAAAAGAUCCUGGCACCUUUGGGACCUGCCAAAUGACUUUAAUGCUCUUGCAAGGGACUCUUCCCCCUGCCCCUCAGGAUCCAAAAGGCCCAGGCUGAGGAAACUCAUGGAGGCAAUCAAACAAACAAACAAAGAAGCUCAUGUAGCCUUCUUAGCCUAGGGUCAUCAGAAGCACAGGCAGAGAAGCGUAGGCACUGGGUUGGCUCAGCUCUGCGUUGCGUGUACAGUGCCUGGCUAAGUAAGCCACGUUAGAAGUGGUGGCCCGUGGACCCCAUUCAGCCACAAAUGUAACCCCCUCCCCCACACAAUGCUGUCUCCUGUGCUAAGGGCUCGGACUUACUGUGAGUAGUUCUUUUGUGUGGAGGAGGAGAAGGAGGAAGAGAAGGAAGAGGAGGAGAAGGAGGCAGGAAGUGUGUGUGCUGCAGAUAAGACUGUUAGAAGAGGAAGGGGUAUCCCAGAGACAGCUCAUCUCAGGACCAUUUCCUUUGUCUGGUGAGCAUCUUUGAGGAGCCUAUCCAUGGGGGAAGAUUGAGGCCACAGGCCACCAGCAAAAGACCCUGCAGUGAGCAAAACCAUCGUGGCUCAGCCUGUCAUCUGUCCUUCACCUAUUCUCAACCCGGGAGCAGAGGGAAGGAAGGGAUUAGAGAGGAAGCUUGUCCCUGGGGUAGGGACAGCGGGCCUGGACACAGGGCAAGUAUUGGCAAGUUUCCCACAAAGCAGCAAACAGCGGCCCGUUGGCCAUCCCUUAAUGGCCCAAAGACACCCAGCGCGGAUGGCAGCUGUCCCAGCACACAAGGUCACCUUCUGGUGGGAGCUUCUCUGAUGCUCUGCAGAUUAACUGUCUCCCCAGCCCACCUCCCACCACCCCAGAGCCCCACGAGGCCUGGCAGUCAGUGUUUCCGUCAGAUGGCUUCCUGCCUUAAGCCACUAGGCUGGCGUCUUCUAGCCAGCUCAUCUGCCCAUCCACCCUCUAGUGCCCAAAGUAUUCGUGUAAAGCCGUAGGACUCUACAUGUCUACUUCCAGAAUACGGGUGCUAUCCAGACCUUCUGUCUCCUCUUCAGGGUACCAAACAGACACCGUCACUGUGGCAGUCCUGAGUGUAGGCCCUGCUCACUUCUCAACUACAAGACAUCGUCCUCCCCCCACUCCUCAAUGCUCAGCAGGGAGUGGUAGGCCCUGCUGCCAAGCGCCUUCCACUUAGGCUGCCCGCUCACAUGGGCACACAGCUUGGAGCUAUCUGCUGCCUAGUUACUAAUCCCUUCCUGGCUCCACCCCCCAUCCAUCUCCCCACUCCCAGCCCCCCCAAGCACUAGCUCCCACCUGCCCAGCAUCAGGAACCGCUUCCGGCUGUUCAGCCCAAGCUUGUUUCUUGAGGAAAGAAAGCUGUUUUGUGAACCUGGGCCAGGGCACCAUGGAAGUGGGGCCAGCUGCUCUGGGAGAGUGUGCCUGGAAGAGCCACUCGGGGCCAAGUUAAGUAUGACGGAGCUGUGCCACCCACCCCAGAAGUCUCACAAUGGGCUGUUAGUGGCAAUCAACAGGCCUGUUCCUGAGCCGGUAUUGAAGGUGUCUUGCUGGUAGGUUGGUAGCACGCUUGCCUGGCAUGCACAAAGCACUCGGUUCCACCCCCCAGCACUGCAUAAACCGGAUAUGGUAAUAUAUGACUGUAAACUCGGUACUCAAGAAAUGGAGGCAGGAGGGUUAGAAGAUCAGUGGCAUCCUUAGCUACUUAGUGAGUUCAAAGCCAGCCUGGGCCACAUAAGACCUUAUCUCUAGGAAAGAAGUUAUGGUCAAUAGUGACAUCCUUAGUGCUAGACCCACUGCUUCUGAGCAGACACAAGAGUAGCAGAGAACACUUAUACAAUCUACUUACCAGCUGGGCCUCAAGUCCACCCUUUCCAGUAUCCAGAGCGCCCACCUUCUCUAUGGCUGAGAGGUCUAUGCUGCCCCCUUGUGGGCACUCACUAACAUUGCACCCCCUCAUAGAUCCCACCCCUUGCUGAAGGACUCCCACCGGAGACCACCACCCACCCCAAUGCCACCCUUGCUUCUCCAGGUGCCUGUCAUUUCCAGGGACAGUUCCCAGAGGAAGACCUUUGGCAGGGAGAGGUGCAAAUGCACUCAAAAGACAAGAUGUAACCUACUUCUGUCACUAACUAGGGCCACGGGCCCCAGGAGAGACUGUUCCUCACUGGGCCAUAGCUUCUCAUCUAUAAAACAGGAGCAUUAGGCUGGGUGCUGCAGGCCUGGAAAACCCUUUGUCCACCUCGGUCCCGCAAAGUAAAACACUGGUUCAGGGCCACGGCUCCAGAAAGGGCCACAAGCCUUGGCUUCCCCGCACCAGGGUCCACCCGAACAUGGUCACUUAGGCGCAGAAAACAAAGGAAUCCAGCUCUGGCGUAUGAGGCAAGAGAAAACCAGAUGGGAUGGGCUAUCAGGGUGGGCUUUCAGGGGGAGGCUACAGGCUGAGAGAAAGGUCACUCCAAAACGUAGCAGCUUCAACAGUGCAGCGCAAAAACAUCUGGAGGUGUUGUGGGGCAUGAGUUGGUGUGAGUGUAGGGCAUGGAAUUAAGGUCCAGCCACAGAGGCUACCAAGCAGAGAUUAGUAGGACUACCAUUAGAUUAUAGAGCAGUGGUUCUCAACCUUCCCAAUGCUGCAACCCUUUAACACAAUUCCUCACGGUGUGGUGACCCCCAACCAUUUGUUGUGGUUUGAUUUGGCUUUUUGAGACAGGGUUUCUCUGUGUAGCCCUGGCUGUUCUGGAACUCACUCUGUAGACCAGGCUGGCCUUGAACUCACAGAGAUCCACCUCCCUCUGCCUUCUAGGUGCUGGGGUUAAAGGGGUGCGCCACUACCACCUAGCUCAUAAAAAUGUUUUCAUUGCUACUUUAUAACUGUAACUUGGCUAUUGUUAUGAAUCAUGAUGUAAAUAUCUGUGUUUUCCAGUGGACUUAGACAACCCCUGAGAAUGGAGUCAUUCAACUCCCAAAGUGGUCACGACCCACAGGUUGAGAACCAGUGUUCUAGAAAAAAAAAAGAGUCAGUUUCAGCCAUCAAAUCAAAAGAGGAGCUUCCAGCAAGCCCCUGGAAGAGCCCUCGGGACUCCAAGAGAGCCCAGACUCUGCCAUUUACUUUCCAACACGGACAAACCCGACUCCACUUCCGCAGCCUGGGAGAGAGGAGCUUGGCUUUGUGUUCCCUGAUUCAUCUCUUUUUAUUUUGAAAGAGUCUCAUAUAUCCCAGUCUGACCCCAAACUCACUGUGCAGUCAGGGAUGACCACUAUUGAACGUCCGAUCCUCCUCGCUCUACCUCCCAAGGGCUGGGAUUACAGGCGCACACCACCACGUCUGGUUUUGCAGUGCUAGGGUCGGGAAGCCGGGGUCUUUGUGCUUGGGAAGCAAGCGCUCUACCAACUGAGCUACACCCUCAGCCCAUCUGCUUCUGGUUGUAGCUAUGAUGUCCACACAUGGGCAUACACCACCAGCCAGCCAGCCUUGCCUCAGAUUCCCAGCCAGUGACUGUUACCACAAAACUGGCUGGAGAGCGAGCUUGGCCCCAGUCAGCUUUUCCCACAGAGAAACCAGUGUUGGGGUGUUGGCCUCAAGAAAGGACUUGGGCCAAAGUGGGUUCAGAGAGUCCCCGACCCCCACCCAGCAAGCUGGCCUCAGGCGAUUGAAGCCUCAAGGACUAAUAUCUGAACAGAUUACCCUAUGCCAAGUGCCAAAAUCUCCCUGCCCCCUCUUCGCUAGUGAGGAACAUGGCUCUCAAGGGGGGUGGGGGGAACCCAGCCAAUCCUAACACCUACAGCCUGCUGACUGAACGUGUGUUUGCAAGUGCUUGUAAUCACCCAUAGGAUAAGCACCUUACCCACUACUGCAUGUCGAAUUGAGGAUUCCAGGGCUCCACCAUGCCUCCCUGAGUCAGAAUUCCCCAUCUGAACAGUGGGAGAUUCCUGCCCGCCCCGGAGGGCCCCCUGCUCCGCCUCCUCCCGCCUCCCACCCACAACCCUGUAACAAUCUGCACCGAGUGUACUGAGCAGCGCUUAGGGUGGAGCCUCAUAUCAGAUAAGAUGCCCAAAGCCCAGACACAAACUAAGACCCUGACAGUGGAGAAGGCAGGACGAACCCUCAGGAAUGUGCCCAGACUGGGUUAGGGUUUCAGAAAAAUCAAAAAGACCCCCGAAGCCCCAGAGUCCAGCUGAGUUAAGUUCACAGCAGGACGACUGCUUCGGGAAAGCUGAUCCGGGAAGAAUCAGGAACCUAAUACUUCACAGGGGCCCUGCGUCCCAGCCGGGACCACCCUGUGGAGACCCCAACGCCCCAACACCACAGCGCAGACAUGCUCGCUCAAUACCUGGCCUGGUGGGCCAAACUAGGGCUGGGUGGACCUUCUAGGUAAACCUGACCCUCAAGUCUCCUGAGCCUACCCACUACCCAAACUGAGGUGACAGCAGAUGAGCAAAGGCACCUGGGGCUCCCUGUUCCUCGAGGGCCUGGCUCCCCCUGCUGGAAAAAGGGGGUAUGGCAUAGGGAAGGGAAGGCAAGCAACAAGGAAAGGCCAGAAACCAUCUAAGAGCUAGCACAUAUACUCUGGGCCCUGCUGAGCCAAGAAUUGUAGCAUUCCAAGGGCUAAAAGACCCCAAGAUUUUAUGACUCACCAAACGCAAUCUCCUAAGAGGCCAGUGGAAAGAAUUUGUGUUUGUGAGAGUCCAUCACUAGGCAAAUCUGUGCUAAUUCUUGACAUCAUAAGCCCCAUGGUUCGACGCUACCCAAACUCAGGGGCCCUAGCAGGGAGAAAAAAAGAAAGAAAGAAAAGGGGGAAAAAAGCACAAAGAGAGAGGGGGAGAGAAAGAGAAGAGGGGGAGACAGUAAUGCAAGCUGGGGAAUCUGGUUACAGAUGGAUGAUGGGGAAUAUAAAACCUCCCUUGGAGUGACCCUCACCAGGUCUGAUUGGAGAAGGCUGGCCCAUCUGCUUCUUCAAAACCCUCUUGCAGGCUGCAGUACCCACUUGCUUGGGGGGCUCUGACAGCCCACUGUGGGGCUCCGCCUGGACAGAGAGAACUGGAGCAAGAUCACCCCAUACCAGCGAGGAAGCAGUGGGGUGGAGAGGCACCACACUGCCUUUCCUAUGAUGGUCUCCAUACAAGGUUUCUUUCCUGGGACACAUGGAUGCAUUAUCUCAUGGCUGCCAACACGUCCUCCCUCCAAGGAGCACUCUCAUCCCUUCCACUGCCUCCCAAAAUGAGACCUGCCCCAAGGAGAGCUGUGAAGGGCCCAGAGCUCUGUGGUGGUCUCUCUCUGUCCUCCUUUCUAUGGACAGAAACUCUGACGCCUCCACCACUGACCCCAGGUGGACUUCACAGGAACCCACACUCACGAGCAGUCUCUUCAGCCUCCAGGGAAGAACGACGGCUGCUUGGUUUUAAUCCCAGCUGCUAUUUCUUCAGUGCCAACCAUGGACAGGGCUCCUCGUGUCUUCUAGACACAGCCCUGCAACUCCACAAGAGCCGUGCAAUAAUGACAACCACACUGUGGGCUGGGACACUCAGAGACAGCAUGCUGGCUCCCCCAGGUCACACAGCCAGCCAGCGGUCUUGGACCCCAGCACAGCACACUUUUCUCACAAUACGCCACUACCAUUGGUCCUCACUCAGCUCACCAUGGUCAGAUCCCAGGUCCCCAGGGUCACUGCUCUCUUUGCAUGGCCCCCCAGCCCAGCUGCUAUCAGAGCCAGAGGGGGUGCCUGCCUAGACCCACUCUGACAGUCCCCCGCCCCCACCUCCACCAGCCUGAGCUGUCCCAGCAAUAGCUCUCAACCAGGGAUAUCUGGCAGAUUUCAUAGGACUGCCCUUUCCUCUGGUCAAUGUUGGGAGUCAGAAAGGGGUGGGGCCGGGGCCCCUCUAGACCCCGGUGUUGUGACCAAGAAAAUCUCAUCAGCUGCAUCCAGUGGCAACCUUGACCCUGUGGGUUACUCUGAUGUGUUUGUAGGAGUAUUUUUAGCUGAAUCUCUUUUUUUUUUCCAAAAUAAAUGUGAAUUGUAAAA